CUGCAAUUCCACAUGGCAGCUUGAGGUGGAGCGGGGGAGAGAAUUCAAGAUUGGCUCCUCUGCCCACGCCAACACCUCCCACCUCGUCAGGAGGGGUAGCCUGUCCAGAUAGGGCUGCACUGCACAUCCAGCCUUGACUAGGAGGCUCUGUUUCCCCCGGGUGGGCCUGAAAGGGGCCUGCAUCCUACAGGAUGAGGGAGGGAGAGGGGGCCCCAGCCACUUCCUCCCAGGAUCCUCAGCCGACACCCCCAGCUCUGUGCUGUUGCCCAUGUGGCCUCUCCCCCAUGGCUCCCAUCACACUGCAAAUGUACAAUUCUGUGUGAUGAUUCCAUGCCUGGGCUCGCACCUGGCCCAGUCCCCAGAACACAGUGGAGCUUGAUACCUUGAGUGAAUGAGUGGAUGCGCCAUGCUCUGGGAUAGCACCGGAGAAACGGUCCUGGCCUGCCACGGGGUCCUGGUAGAAGAGUGCAGAACACUAAAAGAGCAGUAACCGGCAGAUUGAAUGUAGGGGGCGGGGGAGCAUCCAGGAAGGGCCCCCUGAGGACAGGAGAUAUAAGCUGAGUUGAGGUUUAACAAAUGGAUUAGCCAGGCAAAACGUGGGUUGGGGAGCUGGGGAAAGAAGGUUUUCAGGCACAGGGAAGUGGGGAAGAGGCUUUGCAGUGGUCAGGAGCUGAGGGAGGCACUGUGGAUACCAGAGGGGCAGGGGAACAGGUGCUGGGACUCUGUGCGGCUGGAGCAGGGAGCGGCAAUGGUGGGCAAGCUCAGAAGCUCUUCCGCACAUUCAUUCGACAAACACCUGCUGGGCACCCACAGUGUGCCAGGCACCAUGCCAGGACUUACAGGCCACUCUAAGACUGUGGCUCUGGAUCCCAGAAGCAGGGGAUCACCCCAACAGCUGUGGGCUGCCCAGGCCAGAGGAAAAGGAGAGACCAGCCGUGAGGCUUCAAAGUCUAGAAUUAACAGCAACCGGCAUCUGAUAGGAUGUGGGCAGGGAGACAGAGACAUUCACCAAUGGCCUGGGUGUCAGGCCUUACAGCCGGGAGGCUGGAAACCAUGCUCAUCCCAGACCCGGGGAGACGACAGACCACAGUGGUGAAGGGAAGGAGAGUGCCCUUUGGGAUGUUAAAAGUCCACAUGGCUCGGAGCCCAGAGCCCCCAUCGGGCAGGCGAGGCCAGGCAGUGAGGCAUUCACAUCAACUGGCACCAACCACAAACAAGACAGGCAAACACCAGCCAAGCCCCAGUGGAUGAAAACUUUGAGCUCCCAAGGACUGGGAAAUAAAACCACUGAACCAAGCUUAUUGUGAAAUCAAUCUCUGCGAAAAUGGGACAGGCUAGGUGUUUAACAAAGUAUCGCUUGCUCUCAUUUUUUUCUGAACAGCUGGCAGCGAUUAUAUUAAGUUUCCAUUUCAAACGCAUUUCCUGCCAGUUACACAUUUGUCUCCUCCCCUUCUGUACAACAUGGAUAAUAACAUGGGAGAAGCGCAGGGCUAGGAAGAGAGAGGGUACAACAGCCAGGUAGGACAUGUGUGUGUGUGUGUGUACACCAGGGCUGCAAGCAUCUUCACUCACUGCCGAAAGCAAAACCCCACGUGCAGUCUAAUUUGAGGGCUCCACCUAAUUACCAAACGUCACACUUCUAAAGAGAGUGGAGGCUGCAUAGAGCUCAAGCUGGCAGGAUCCUUAAAUACUCUCCCUUCUCAGGCACUAAAAGGAGGCAUCAGCUGCAAGUCUGGGCUUUGAGAGAGUCAUACCGUAAGAACAGGCACACUGAUGCUUUUGGAAGAGAUUAUGAAUCACACCCUGCCUUGGAACAGUGCACAGAGGGACCCUGAGCAGGCCAUGAAGCCACAAUGCAAUGCAGUUCACUUUUCAACCUUUGUAGUUUAAGUGGAAAACCUAAUGCUUCUGACAAAACUGCCUGAUUUAAAUGUUCUCAUUUGAAAAAAAAUAAUAAUGAUUUAAAAAGGAAAUAAGACUCCCAUUUAUUUGCAAAGCACAGUACGGGCUGCUGGGUGCGCCCUGUGCCCGAGCACCUGGGAGCCAGCCCUGGACUGCGCAGCCACCUGCGGGCGGAGAGGGGAGGGGCCAGGUGUCCUCGGCCUCUGAUGUGAUUUCCACCCUGCGCCCUUUUCUGAAGACACACAUCCUAGAGCCCAGAGAACUUGACGGCUGGAGGAUUUAAGGCAAGGCUGGAUUUCAUUUCUAUGUUGAAAUUCUUAAGAAGAGAACAGUGUGCCGGGCGCGGUGGCUCACGCCUGUAAUCCCAGCAUUUUGGGAGGCCGCGGCAAGCGGACCACGAGGUCAGGAGAUCGAGAUCAUCCUAGCUAACACGGUGAAACCCCGUCUCUACUAAAAAUACAAAAAAAUUAGCCGGGUGUGGUGGCAGGAGCCUGUAGUCCCAGCUACUCGGGAGGCUGAGGCAGGAGAAUGGCGUGAACCCGGGAGGCAGAGCUUGCAGUGAGCCGAGAUUGCGUCACUGCACUGUAGCCUGGGCGACACAGCGAGACUCCCGUCAAAAAAAAAAAAAAGAAAGAAAAGAAAAGAACAGUGGGCCUGGCAUGGUGGCUCACGCCUGUAAUCCCAGCACUUUGGGAGGCCAAGGUGGGCAGAUUAUUUGAGGUCAGGAGUUCAAGACCAGCCUGACCAACAUGAUGAAACCCCAUCUCUACUAAAAAUACAAAAAUUAGCCAGGUGUGGUGGCGCCUGCCUGUAAUCCCAGCUACUCAGGAGGCUGAGGCAGGAGAAUCGCUUGAGCCCAUGAGGCGGAGGUUGCAGUGAGCUGAGAUCGCGCCACUGCACUCCAGCCUGGGUGACAGAGCGAGACUCCGUCUCAAAAAACAAACAAACAAACAAAAAAACCCACAACAGAACAGUGGUCCUCAGCUUUACAAACACCUCCCUCAGCGGCGGCCAAAGAGGACGCAUCACAGCAGCCCAGGCCUGCUAGGGGCGUGUUUGCUGGAGGAGGCGAGGCCGCCGUGUGUCCAUCCAGACCUGAUAGGGCGUGGCCAUAGGAGGAGGCGUGGCCGCUGCGGGUCCACCCAGGCCUGCUAGGAGUGUGGCCAUUGGAAACGGCGUGGCCGCUGCGAGUCCAUUUUGGCCCCGGAGAGUAACGGGACGGCAGAGGGGUCAUUUCCCGCCUUGCACGUAACGGGGGGCGAAAACCGGCCCCCAGCCCGACGCCGGACCCUGGCCUCCUGGGCCCACUGACGGCCUCCACUAAGGCCCCCUCCCGCCCGCAACAUGGGGGACAGCUGAGGCCACUUCCCGGGCGGGCCACCCCAACCCAAAGCGGCAUGUCGCGGGGCAGCACAGCCUGCGACAAGCGCGCAAAGCUCCCCAGCGGGGCCGCAGCAAGGGCAGGCCUGGGAGUCCCUCGCGCUGCUCAAGGCCGCUAACCGGCAUUCAGAAACCAGCGCUCUGCGGCACUGGAGAAAGCACUUCCCGCCCUCCUGCAGGCUGUUAGCCAGGGGAUGCAAAGGGAGGGGCCCCUCACGGACGUCCCGCCCGCCCCUCUCAAACAUGGCGGCCACAGGCGCACCAAGGGAAGAGCCCCUCACAAACAUGGCCGUCCGCCCCUCUCGUACAUGGCGCCAAAGAGGCUUCAAGGGAAGCACCCCUCACGAACAUGGUUGCCUGCCCCUCUCAAACAUAGCGGCCACAGGCGCACCAAGAGAAGCGCCCCUUACAAACAUGGCCGUCUGCCCCUCUCAAACAUGGUGGCCAAAGAGGCUUCAAGGGAAGCGCCCCUCAAGAACACGGUUGCUCGCCCCUCAAGAACAUAGUUGCCCACCCCGCUCAAACAUGGCGGCCACAGGUGCACCAUGGGAAGCGCCGUUCACGAACAUGGCCGUCUGCCCCUUUCAAAUAUGGCGAACACAGAAGCUACAAAAAAAGCACUCCCCGCAAACAUAAUCUCUCAGGCCUGCCACGGGCGUGGGAAACAUAGCGGCUACAAGGGGUGCCAAGGGACGCGCCCUCAUGAACAUGGCCGGCCACAGGCCGACUUCUGCUCCAGUGUCCCACCACUGGCCCAAGGCCCGCGAGCUUCGCCCGCCGCUUACGAAAGAGCCAACACUGUGGGGGUCACAUGACGAGGGUGCUGCGCUGUGAUUGGCUGUGUUGACGUCGGACGCCGCCGCGGCGCGCUCUGCAGACUCCGGGUAGCCGCUCCGCCGGGACGCGUUGGCCGGGGCGCGCGGUGCUUGGCUGCGGUGCUCACACUCAUGAGGAGCCGGAAGCUCACAGGUGCAGUGCGGUCUUCAGCGCGCUUGAAAGCACGAAGUUGUUCGGCAGCCAGGUUGGCCUCUGCCCAGGAAGUCGCUGGUUCCACGUCUGCCAAGACAGCAUGUCUGACUUCCUCAUCCCACAAAGCCACAGACAGGCGAACGUCCAAGAAGUUCAAAUGUGACAAAGGACAUCUUGUGAAGUCAGAAUUACAGAAGCUUGUCCCUAAGAAUGACAGCGCUUCUUUGCCAAAAGUGACACCUGAGACCCCUUGUGAAAAUGAGUUUGCUGCAGGCAGUGCCUUGCUUCCAGGCAGUGAGGCUGGCAUUUCUGUGCAGCAGGGAGCUGCAAGUCUUCCUCUCGGUGGCUGCAGAGUUGUGAGUGACUCUCACUUAGCAAAGACUAAAGAUGGCCUGUCCGUGCCAAAACACAGUGCCGGGUCCGGAGCAGAAGAAUCCAACAGCAGCUCCACUGUGCAGAAGCAGAAUGAGCCAGGGCUACAGACAGAGGAUGUGCAGAAGCCACCACUUCAGAUGGACAACAGCGUCUUUCUAGAUGACGACAGCAAUCAGCCAAUGCCCGUGAGCCGGUUCUUUGGAAACGUUGAGCUCAUGCAGGACCUCCCACCUGCGUCUUCAUCUUGUCCUUCAAUGAGCAGACGAGAGUUCAGAAAAAUGCAUUUCAGAGCCAAAGAUGAUGAUGAUGACGACGAUGAUGGUGCAGAAAUGUAGAGGCCACACAAAAUAACGGCCUUGAGUAUUUAGUACCAUUAACAAUUUGACAGUUUAGCACAUUACAAGAUUUAUAUAAAAUGUAUCUCCAAGAGAAUGUCUUAAUCAAACUUCAGAACUGACCCAUCUAAGUCAAUAGUGCAAAGCACCCAAUACCUGUGGAGGAUGUACUCAUGGGAACUAAAACUCAAACCGUCUUGGAGGUUGCAAAGCUGCUGUACUGUGCCAAUGUCCUUUCUUUUUUUUUUUUUUUUUUCCUUGGAGACAGAGUUUCUCUCUUGUCGCCCAGGCUGGAGUGCAGUGGCGCGAUCUCGGCUCACUGCAACCUCCACCUCCUGGGUUCAAGUGAUUCUCCUGCCUCAGCCUCCUGAGUAGCUGGGAUUACAGGCAUACGCCACCACACCCAGCUAGUUUUUGUAUUAUUAGUAGACACGGGGGUUUCUCCAUGUUGGCCAGGCUGGUCUCAAACUCCUGACCUCGUGAUACGCCCGCCUCAGCCUCCCAAAGUGCUGGGAUUACAGGCGUGAGCCACCAUGCCCGGCCAGUGUCCUUUCUUAGACACGUACAUACAUGAUGAUGGCUUGAGUCAGCUGCAGGGCAGUGGGCUUAAUGAGAGGGAUCUUUGUAAAGACAGCUCUUCCCUUCAGCUCAGUAGCUUUGGUCAUAGGCAAGUUUGUUUUCCAUUAUCAUAAUUUGAUGAUUCUUGUGAUGAAUUCAAUGCUAGUUCUUAAAGAACUCUUUUAUUUCUGUAUGUGGAGCUAAUGUUUACCUUGGAAAUUUUGCAAAAUACAUGUAAGAAAGAAAUAAAAUAUAUUUUGAAAAUA